AUGGCCUACCGGAUGAAGAUGUUCAAGAGCCAGAAGCCCUCGUCGGUUGACCUGCGUGACCUGCGCGUCUCCGACUUCAAGAGGGUUCCCGGCUUCAACUAUGUGUCGGCGGAGGACGAGCACACGGACAACUCGCUGUGGAUCGAAGGACGAGUCGGCGACGUGUUUGUCAACACGCCGAAAAUGUUUCAGAGCGUCAUGUCCGUUUGGUGUGCCCGGCCAUCCGACCUCGGCUCGGACAUGUGGCUAGCCGUCGUCGAGAUUCCGAGCAAGCAGCAGAACGCGCCCCUGUUCGGCACGUUGGAACGCGCGAAACGAAAUUCCAGCGGCGAGCAGUUCGGUGUGGCCUCGCUUGCGUCUCGGGCCAUAACACCGGGCGGCGAGGCACGAGAGGCCACGACGAACUGGUCGGUGCGGGAAUUCGGUUCAGUGCGCGGCCGUGUGCGAGCAAAUAGCUACGGAAAACGCUACGGAGAGAUGGGUAAAAGGGAACAGGUCCCGCGCGCGAGGGGUACAGAGCUCGAAUACGUAUGGAUGGUCGACACACCGUUCGAAUGCCUCGCCGUCUCCUCGCUCUCGGGCAGGCCGGCGCUGCCACUCUCGGCGGAGCGCGCGCUGCUCGUGGUGGGAACGCCGUCCUCCGGCACCACCCAGAUGACGAAAGCCUUGCGCGAGCUCGGCCUCCAGGUGGCGCACGAGAACUCCGACUCGAUCGGCACGGUGUGCCGCGACGGCACCGUCUCGUGGAUCCACGGCGCCCUCCGCUUCUCGGAGAUCGGCGACGGCAGCGAGAGGGCGUCGCUGGUGGGUGCGCUGUGCGCGCGGCCUCGGCCAAACUCGCUCGGACCAUGGAGGAUUGACGGCGGCGCGUGGGGGAACGGCCUCUCGUGUGCUGUCCGUGGCACUCCGUGGGGCCCGUGCUGGCAGGCAGAGUGCGAGCGGGUUCUGCGGCGCGAGAUCGGCUGCGCGCGAGGCGGCGGCGGCGGCAGUCCGCGCUGCACCUCUCCCUUCCGCGCCACCCUGCUGCAAGUGCGCCACCCUCUGCACACCAUCGCGUCGAUGCUCGCCGCCUAUUGCCACGGCCAAGACACGGCCGCCGCAGCGGACGCCUCGCUGAUGCUUGACACCGCCGCGCUGCUCUUCCCGCCUCCCGCCGCGCCGCGCUCCCGAGAGGCGGCCCGCGGCAACGAGACGGCGUGCAGGCGGCCUCCGGGCCGGAGGGCGUCUCUGCGUGCCUGCGGCGGUCGUCGGAGGCGACGCCACGCAAAGGCGACGGCCGAGGCCGAGGAGGCGGCGGCGGGCGAGUGCUCCCGGCGGAUCGGAUGGUUCUGGGUGCAGUACAAUGCGCGGAUGCUCUCGCUGCGCCCGCCCCCUCGCGUGUACCGCGUCGAGGCCACGUCGGCGUGCGACGUGCUCCGCUUGGCCGGAGACGAGGCGCGAACACGCCGCGGCGGCGGCGGCCAUGGGCAGACGCACGGCACAGUCAACGUGAGAAACGGGCGAGGAGGCUCGCGCCGGCUGGAGGUGACGCUCGACUCGCUUCGGCGGGCGGACGCUGCUUUGGCGGCGGAGGUGGCGUCGCUCGCCGGCCGCUUCGGCUACAACCUCUCGCUGUUUACCCAUGUGGCACACCGCGAAAGGUGA